CUUUUCAACCUCGCUGGGUUUAAUUCGACCUAGGGAAGGAAAGGACUGGCAGAGAGUGAGAAGCGCCUUUCAAAAGAAAUUGAUGAAACCCAGGGAAGUUGCGAAACUGGAUACCACGAUCAAUGAGGUCCUGGAGGACUUCAUGCACCGAAUAGAUGAUAUUUGUAAUGAAAAUGGACAAAUGGAAGAUGUCUAUUCAGAAUUCAACAAAUGGUCAUUUGAAAGUAUCUGUCUGGUGCUGUAUGGAAAAAGGUUUGGUCUCCUGCAGCAGGAUGUAGAAGAAGAAAGUUUGAACUUCAUCAAGGCGGUAAAAACGAUGAUGGCUACUUUUGGAAUGAUGAUGGUGACCCCCGUGGAACUUCACAAGGGUCUGAACACAAAAGUCUGGCAAGCUCAUACUAAAGCAUGGGAUGAUAUAUUUAAAACAGCCAAGCACUCAAUUGACUGUCGACUGGCAAAGCACUCUGCAAACCCUCAGGAGGAUUUUCUGUGUGACAUCUAUUCUGGAGGACAGCUUUCCAAGAAGGAGCUGUACGCUGCCAUUGCAGAGCUCCAGAUUGCCGGAGUUGAAACGACGGCCAAUAGUUUACUGUGGGCUUUGUAUAACAUUUCACGCAAUCCACAUGUUCAGCAGAAGCUUUUCCAGGAAAUACAGAGUGUUUUGGCUGCUAAUGAGAGUCCAAGUGCUGAGAACUUGAAGAAUAUGCCUUACCUAAAAGCAUGUCUGAAAGAAUCCAUGAGAUUAACACCAUCAGUGCCAUUUACCACUCGCACCAUUGACGCAGAAAUGGUUCUGGGAGACUAUGUACUGCCCAAAGGGACCGUACUAAUGAUAAAUAGCCAUGCCCUGGGUUGCAAUGAAGAGUACUUCAAUGGCUGGACUCAGUUUAAACCGGAGCGCUGGUUUCAGAAGAACUUAAUAAAUCCUUUUUCUCAUGUUCCAUUUGGCAUCGGGAAGAGGAUGUGCAUUGGGCGCCGCGUAGCAGAGCUACAGCUUCACUUGGCCCUUUGCUGGCUCAUUCGCAAGUACCAAAUUGCAGCAACUGACAACAAACCAGUAGAAACACUCCAUUCAGGAACACUGAUUCCCAGCCGGGAGCUUCCCAUUGCGUUUCACAGACGAUCAG